AUGGCGUCGAGAACUGAUGCACGGCUGUUGAAGACAACCAAAUUCCCACCUGAAUUUAGCAAGAAGGUGGAUAUGCAGAAAGUGAACCUGGGCGUCAUGAAGAAAUGGAUUGCCAGUCGCAUCUCCGAGAUUUUGGGCAACGAGGAUGAUGUCGUGAUCGAAUUAUGCUUCAAUCUAAUUGACGGGCCCAGAUACCCCGACAUCAAAGCACUCCAGAUUCAACUUACUGGAUUUCUCGACAAAGAUACGGCAGUCUUCUGCAAGGAAUUAUGGAAGCUAUUCCUCAGCGCCCAGGACAGCCCUCAGGGUGUGCCUAAGGAGCUCCUAGAAGCAAAGAAACUCGAGCUCAUGCAAGAAAAGCAAUUGAUGAUGCUAGGAAGCGUCGCGAUGAACCCGACCGCCGCGACCGUAAUAUUUCCGCGUCACACGGGGGAGAUCGACGAGACGGACCGCGAGAUCGAGGCGACAAUCGCCAAGGGCGAUGGAAUGACCGCAGAGUUGACAACCGUGACGGCGGACCUAGACCUGCGCGUAGAUCGCGAUCUCCCGAACCGCGACAUCGCGGACCCAGGGGAUCAUACAAUGGCGAUAGCUACGUACCGCGCGGACGAGAUGAGCCCAAACGUGGACGAGAUGGGCUAG